AUGGCCAAUGUCGCUACUCUCAUCUCCAUGUCUGGUAUCUGGGCGGGCGCGGAUAGUAAUCUAUGUCAAAUUCAAGCUUUCUUGAUCCAAUGGUUCAUGCCCGCCGACGCUUUAUGGACAUUCGCCAUGGCCUUCAACGUCUACCUCACCUUCUUCCGCAAAUACAACUCUGAACAACUGCGCCGCCUGGAGUGGAAGUAUGUCCUGUUAUGUUAUGGCCUGCCAUUCAUUCCGGCAUUUACAUAUUUCUUCAUAAGAAGCGAAUCUCGCGGCAAGGUGUACGGGUCGGCUAUACUUUGGUGCUGGGUCGCCCCGACAUGGGAUGUUCUUCGUAUUGCAGUCUUUUACGGUCCGGUGUGGUUCGUCAUCUUUCUGACGUUAUCCAUCUACGCGCGAAUAGGCAAACUUGUUUGGCGACGGAGGCGACAGCUCAGGGAAGCCGGUGGUCUCGACACGACAAUUGACCUGUCUAUUCCUGAUGACCCACCUUUUUCAAAGAUCACCGAGAUUCGAAUCGCAAGAGAAGAUGCAACUGCCGCAGAGGCCGGUCCCUCGGUUGAACCGGAUUCUAGCUUCUCGUGUAUACAAUCCCAUCGUCCAUAUUCCGUCAACGUCCAGGCUGGUUCCCAUCAUCUGGAGCUUGAACCGAUACGCAGCCCCGAGCCGCCGACCGAUCAGCCUCCGAAUCGCGAGUACCGCAACUCUAGAACGGUUUCGGGGGUAAACUCCGCUGCUUGGGCAUAUACCAAGUAUGCUAUGCUAUUUUUUGUGGCGUUACUCGUCACCUGGGUAAAACUAUCAUCUUUCGCAGUGUUCCAUCAACAAUCAACCGCUUAUAUGCAUUCAUUCGCCCUGAAGCACCCAACUUUGGUCUAA